AUGCAUGUGCAAGGCCUAGCCCGAAGCACGGUAGCCUUGGCCGCCAGAGACUCUCGGUGUAGAGCCAACGGCAUCACCGCGACGAGGGCUGCUGUGGCUGCCACCGUCUCAUCCUUGGCCUCUUCGAAUACUUCUUCCCUCUCCCGAUACUCAUCACGGUCUUCACUGUCCCGACGGUCAUUCCACUCCUCCACCUGCCGACACGACAACAGCGCCGUAGACACGCCGCCGAACCCCUGGAGACCGGGAAGCAACCGCUCCAUCUUUGAAGACGAUGUUAAUUUAGAAGAAGGCCAAGCCGGUGCCGAGGUGCUGGGCGAACGCCCGAAAAACUCGGCCUUUGGUCCCCGAAGCAGAAGAGGCCAGAACAAGCGGCGGUCCGCCUUGGAUCUGCCGCCGGUCAACCUGCCGCCCACCUUUCUCGAGAACAAUGUUUCUCACUUCGAGCCGGGUGUUCAGCCCAAGCUGCCUGUGCCCAUUAUCAUGGAUGCCCGCCAUCCUAAAGUGUCCCGACUGCACACUAAGAGGAACAAUAACAGCAGCAAGAAUGACAGCAACCUCACACCAAACAUUAGGACGACUAGCACCGCUCUCGAGGAAUACUUUGAGACGGCUGUCAACAUCCUUGUCGAAAGGGAGACGCAACUCUUCGACGACUUCAACGACCUCCCGGCCAACCUUCCCUCGCCGUGGGAUAACUCGUUCCAGAUAGAAAAGCUGGUACGCACGUGGGAUAGUCUGAUUGACGUCUCGUGGCAGCUGGCCGAUGCGCUGUACCCCGCCCGCGACGCCGAAUACACGUACCGGACAAGGCCGUUUUGGUGGUGGCACAUCUACAAGGACCUGGAUCGUCAGGGCCAGACGUGGCGCGACUCCUUCGAUCGACGCGACCCUCCUAUCUCCCUCCAGCUCAAGUACUCCGAGUUCCUCAAGGAGCCGCUCGCUCACUCCAUCGCCGACUUCCCCCCGGAGACAUUCGAUAACAUCUGCAAAAACCUCGGGCGCGACAUACUUCAAAUGGCCCCCGCCGAUUUCGACCACAAGGCCGGAAAAAGACCUAUCCAGAUUCUCAGUAUGACGGGCUACAGCGGAAGCGCUAUUGCCCGCUCUAUUGGUAGCAUUGCCGGAUACCUCAACAUGGCUGAUGUGAUCCAGCUGGACGCAUAUGACCUGUCGACCAUCGUGGGCGGGUACAUCGGCCAGGACUGGGUGUACUCGCGCGGCGCCGUGUCAACGAUGGGGUUCCGGGCUGCCGAGCUCGGCGGACGCAUUGCUAAGGAACCCGAAUUCUCGCUGGGUUCGCAACACGACGAUGAGGACGAUGAAAACAUCAUCAACAUGCGCGCUACGACGUCGGGUGCUGCGUGGAACAACGAGUUCCAAAAGGUUCGCCAGGGCAAAUAUGAGUGCUUCACUGACUGGGAGAACCUCAAGAUCAACAAGGUGCUCGACAGCAUCAUUUCGGACCCUGUGGCCGACAGCGAUAGACCCCUCGUCGUCCAAGUUCACGACUACGUCGAGCUGAGCAUGACGCUUGAGGGCUCUGUCAUCCUGUCCAAGCUGCGGUCGCGCAUUGACGCUGCUUGGAAGAGGGGCAGGGCCAUUGUGCUCUUGGGCACGUCAUCGUGCGCCAACCCCUCGGACGAGUACCAGAGCAUGGUGCGUGAGUUGGGUGCCACAGACUUGGUCAUCUCGCGGUCCAUCCGACCUGAUCGCGCCGAGAAGGAGACGGGCGUCGUGAUGAAGCCCCAGGCCGCGCCCUUCAACCUCCAAGCCACUGACACCCUGGACGAGAACGCCCGCAACAUCAACCGCAUGGUCUGCGCCAUCGACCCGUCCGCCGACCCCAGUUCUGUACCUCAGUGGCGCAUCACUGACCUGGGAGACACUUACUGGACCCAUCCAGCCUUCCAGGGCAAGCCGCGGAACCUGCUUAACUCGUCGGUCCUCCCGCUGCCCGAGGUACACAACCUGGCUCGUGGGUUCCGCGACGUCGAGCUCAUGCCUCCCUUUGGCGGAUCGGCCUCGUUCCUCUUGCGCGCUGCUAUGGGCCCCCUCCGCCAGCAGCCCGGCCAGGAUCUGUUCGAGGACGCGGUUGUCAAUGACGACCCUGGCGUGGACCCUAGAGAGUCUCCUGCACGUGGAGAAGACCCGAGCAAGUACGACGGCAGCGGUAGCCACCGCCCUUCAUCACCGAACGGUGUCAACUUGGCCCGCUUGAACGAGUACGAAAAGCGCAUUGCCAACGGCGUCAUCAACCGUGAGAACCUACGAACGACAUUUGGCGACGUGCACGUUGCCCCAGACACGAUUGGCGCGCUGAAGCUGCUCACAUCGCUGGCGCUCGUCCGACCGGAUGCCUUCUCGUAUGGUGUUCUGGCGCACGACAAGAUUAAUGGAUGUCUCCUGUACGGUCCCCCGGGGACAGGCAAGACGAUGCUCGCCAAGGCCGUCGCCAAGGAGUCCGGGGCUAACAUGCUGGAGAUUAGCGGGGCUAGCAUCAACGACAAGUGGGUUGGCGAGGCGGAGAAGCUGAUCCGGGCCGUCUUCACACUGGCCAAGAAGCUCUCCCCCUGUGUCGUCUUCAUCGAUGAGGCCGACUCGCUCCUGGCCAAUCGCAGCAUGUACAGCAGCCGCGCCUCGCACCGCGAGCACAUCAACCAGUUCCUUAAGGAGUGGGACGGCAUGGAGGAGACGAGCGCCUUCAUCAUGGUGGCCACGAACCGGCCCUUUGACCUCGAUGACGCCGUACUGCGCCGCCUCCCCCGCAAGCUCCUUGUCGACCUUCCCCUUGUCCAGGACCGUGCCGCCAUCCUGCGUCUGGUCCUGCGCGACGAGGCGCUCGCACCAGAAGUCGACCUCGAGAGCCUCGCCAACCGCACGCCAUAUUACUCUGGCUCGGACCUUAAGAACAUGUGUGUCGCUGCCGCCAUGGUGGCAGUAGAGGAGGAGAACGCUGCUGCGGCAGCCCACGAGGGACCGGAACCGUACGCUUACCCUGAGCGCCGGACACUCUCAGCUGCACACUUUGAGCGUGCCCUCAAGCAGAUCCCCGCCAGUAUAAGCGAGGAUAUGGAAUCCUUGCGUCUGAUUCGCCGUUUCGACGAGGAGUACGGGAACCGAAGGAAGGGUAGCGGUAAGAAGACUAUGGGGUUCGGGGCUGGUGCUGUAGCCUCCAAGGAUGAUGUCAAUCCUGCUAGGGUCAGGCAGACGGGGCGGCCAUGA